AUGUCCUUCCCUGGACAAUCCCCAUACGUCGUUCGCUUCUAUCAUCUCCUCGAGCUCCUUCAACACAAAUGCAACUUGGAACCUCGUCUCCUCCCUCACGAUCCAACUGCCUGGCUUGCCUGGGCCCAUGGAAGUCAUUGGCUGUUGCACAUGCUGUUUGAGUCCCGUAGCAUAGCCGUGGCCUCCGGGGACAUCUCUCUCCCUUCCGUCCGCCAGACGCCAUCUGUGCACGCACUGGUCGAGUACCUCGAUGCCGUCUUUGCAACCCUUCCUUCCAAGCAUGCUUCGUCUAUUCCCGAGCUGUACCCCGUCAUCGCCUGGUCACCUAACCGCAUUCUUGCCAAGCAGAGCAUUGCUGAGGAAGGUGCUCCGCUCCCGGCCAUCUCCUAUCGCAACAGUCCGCUCGCCUUAUUGAACCAGCGCGCUUCUUCAGUCAGAUGGGACGUCGUCACUGACCAGCUGGAAGCUCUUAGUGCUGCCCAGUGUUCGACCACCGACACCCUUGACCAGCUCAAUGGCGAGCUAGCUGCGCUCUCCGCCGCAGUCCAAGCUUGUCAGACAGUAACAGGAAGUAGCAAUAGGGCCUCCAAGUUUGCAACAGGCCCACCAAGGAUCACGUACAUUGGUGGUGAGAUGUCAACAGAAUUAGGAGGCCACUCAUAG